AUGAACAACGUUGCAAGUAACUCGAAGCAGCAGCAAAUGCGCAGCAUGUUGCACAUAUUGGUGCUGCUAAUUUGUUGCAACCUCAUUGCGGACACGGCAGGCACAAAACAUACAACAACAGCUGCGGUCACCAGCAUGCUAGCAACGGCAAGUCAACGCAACAUGCCACACAAUUGGCUACGACGGCAACGGAGGUAUUUGCUGUUUGAGAAGGGCUCGACAGUAGGGGUACAAAUGGCCGUUACGAAAGCGUUGUUACCAGAGCAUCCGCGUGGUCUGCUUAACGUCAUAGAAGCUACCGCCAACUAUGAAUUGCCCGCAUCGUUGGACGAUCUAUGGCCCCAACGGACGAAAACGCAUUCGGCGGCAACAACAACUGCAACAAAACACAACGCCACAACAAGUGCUGCUGCAAAGAAUGCGCCGAAGUCAGGAACCUUUAGCGGAAGUAACGGUUAUAGCAACUACAACAACAAUAGCAACGAUGAGAUGUGGCUACCAACGUGGCAUGCAACUGACGAUUGGCCUGCAGCGGCAGCCACGAUGCCAACUUGGUGGCAAGUGCCGGGCCAACGACGGCAAUGGUUCAGCACACACAGCAAACAACAACAACAACAAUAUGGAAAACAACAACAGUCGCACAGCAAACAACAACAACAUAGAAAACAACAACCACGCAAAAAACAACAACAAACUCGAAGACCAUAUUUUGCUCGUCAGCAACAUCGAUUUCCUUCGGCGUUGCAAGAAGCGAAAUCAUUGACAUUCACGCCGCCCAUAUUGUCAAAGCAAUUCGCCGCUCAUCCGGUGGCGCACCAACACUCCGUGUGUCCGCGUCGAAAUGUUUACGGCAGUUGGCAAGACAACAAUGCGCCACGUUGGUGUGCGGCCAGUGCGAAAACGUUGGGGCGUGGUCGCAAGCGGCGUAGUGUUGGUGCUGGUGAAAAUUCUGUUGGUGUUGGUAUUGGUGUUGCGGGCGGCAAGGAACAUAAUGAUGAUGCUGUCCAUCGAUUUGAUGAGCGUCCUGAUGAAUUCCAUUUUGCCACAAAUGCUGAGCGCAUUUUCUUUGAUUUGCUGACGCAAUGGACUCAAGUACAUAAUUACCCAUCGCAUUACUGUAUAAUGCGCACCUUCUGUGAAGCUCGCCAUGUGCUGUUGGCUCGUGGACAAUCGCUUUUUCACGAUUUGCUGCGAAUUCUGAUCGAUGCUGCAUUGCCGGCCGCACGUCGUCAUGCCACAUAUAAAAAAGCGAUUUCGCAUGACAAUUUAAGCGACUGCGCCCAACACUAUGCAACGCUCUGCGGCUUAAGUUUUCUGCAACAUUUCAGCGAAGCUGUGCACGGACGAUUUAUGCAAUAA